CAUAUAAUUUGAGUUGCACCACCACUAUCUUGCAAGAAAGGCACACGCUUCCUCGCGCAGUAUGGCCCGCUCGAUUCCAGUCGUGAUCUGUUCGACCACGUUAGCUCAAAAAGAUUUUGUUUCAUUUACGAACGAAAUCGUCCGCAAAUAAUCCAAGAUUCACCAUGGACGUCGAUUGGGAUGUCGAUAACUCUGAAGCGAAAUUCGACCUCGCAAUCAGAACCAACAAGUGGGAGGGCGAAGAUGAAGAGGAAGAAGUUAAGGAUAGUUGGGAAGAUGUUGAGGAAGAAAAGAAAGAUAUAGAGAAACCUGCAGCAGAAGUGCCAAAAGUGGCCAAACCAAAGCCAAAGAAAGCUUUGGCAGAAAGGAUCGAAGAACGUGAGAAGAGAGCAAGAAAAGAGGCGGAAAGGAAAGCAAAAGAAAAAGAAGAAGAAUUAACACCAGAAGAAAAGAGAGCCGAACAAUUGAGACGUCAAAGGCUGCAAGAGGAAGCCGAUCUACGUCUUGCCAUGGAGACAUUUGGUGUGGGCGGUGUAGGAGGCGAUGAAUCUGGAUUGAGUCUGGACACUGCUGUGCCCGACACAGAAGAAGAAUUCGAACAGUAUGGAAGAGUACUUGCGCAAAAAAUAAAUCAUUUUGCUAAGCAUACUGAAUUCCCUCCAUUUGCAGAAGAACUUAUGAAAACAAUUGCUCUCAAUUUGUCUGCGACAAACUUGAAGAAGGCGAAAACAAUGAUUGACAAUCUGUUGAUUGAAAAAGUGAAGGUUGAGAAGGGCGAUAAGGCGAAGAAGAACAAGGGCAAAGGCAAAGCGAAAUUAAAAAUCGAGGGUGAAAAUACUCUUUUGAGCGAAUACAGCGACUACCGUUACGAUGACUUUGACGAUUUCAUGUAGCGACCUUUUCACCCCGUACUCUUAUUAUCCUUUAUCCCCUUUUCUAGUCGCCUAAAUACACGCAGAUGGUUAUUAACAUUUUUGCAGAUUUUAUAUCCUUUAUUCUCUCGCUGUAUACAUAUACGAGCUCCUAAUUUCAUUUGUAUAACUCAUUGUUGGUUCAAGGUUGCGAUUUUGAAAUAUUUUCCGUUACAAUUUCUUAUUGUAUACAUACAGAUAUUAUAUAUACACACGCAUAUACACCUGACCCUCGAUUUAUGCGAAAAUCCGUUUUACAUGGAUUCGUUUUACACGAAUGAGAAUCGCGUAAAUAGAGUCUGCCGGUACAAGAGAAAACAAAAUAUUGGAAGGAAAAGCUGGUAUAAGUUUUAAAUAUACAUAUUUAAUUCACAUAGCCAAACAAAGGAAACAAUAAUAAUGACAUUUCAGGAAACGAAAGUACAUUUUAUUCGGCGUAGAAAAAAGGACUCGCGUAAAAAAGUGCCGCGUAAAUCGAGGAUCAGGUGUAUAUAUAUAGCAAAGAUUAUCGUAUCAUCUGACAGAUGUAAAAGGAUCCUAACACGAAGUGUUAUAUGCGUUUUAAAUACGGAUGGCAGAAUUUUCUUAAUACUCACCGGUCGAUCAAAGUGUCAAAUAGCCUGAAGAAGUAAAAUUGAAAAGAAAAAGUCACUUGAAUAAAUCUAGCUAACGCGUUUACUGUGUCAACGUAUAAAAUAUUGCAGUUAUGAAGAAUUGUACUAAUGAAAAAUUCCAAAGUAAAAAAAAAGAAAAAAGAAAUAGAGUUAUUGUGCAAAUAGAAGAACACUGGCAACGAUCAUUCGAACGCGAGCGUCGCGGAACAACUAAACUACUGAGAUUUUUUGGGCACCGUGGUAAAUCAGUAGUCGGAGGAUCUAUCUUUCGAAAACCUACUUCCUGCGCAUGCGUAAACGAUCGUCUGGGUACGAGGAACUAUAUACGGUGAUUCCUUAUAGUUUUAUAUUUGCAUAUACGCGCGUAUGGUUUUGCGGAUAUUUGCUAAUGUUUAAAUAAUACUAAUAUGAAAAACAA